CUAGAGAAACCGUAGGCUCGAUGAAUUAUUAAAUCCGGAAAUGAAAAUGUUAUUUUGUACAAUCAUCCUCUUUACGUCGGCGAACAUUCAUUUUUCUUGACUUUAGCUGCAUCAGCGUUGUAUGUUGUGCUACUUUCUGCACCAGCUCCACCACUGUAAAAUACUCUACAACUUUCACCAUCUAUCUUUUUACAUUUUCCUUGCCCAAGAAAGAACUGAGAAAUUGAAAAUGCAGUUUCCUUUCCGCUUCCUGUACUCGGCACUUGCCGUGCGAGUGAGCAGUAGUGUGGGUGUGAAAGCCGCGUCAUCUUCGCAAUACCAUCAAUCAUCUAAUUCUCCAAGCGGCGACGUCGCACUUGACCAGCCAAAAACUAAUUUUCCCGAGAAACGAGACAAAUUCCAUCCAACACAAACAGCCACGCAACACCCGUGGCCGCAUCAAUACGCGCCGCGGCCGAAGGUUCUAGGGCGGUCGGCUAGCAAUUUGAGCAGCAGCAGCGGGUCAACAUCCUCUUCGAGGGCGGGUAUGCAAGAAAAAAACUGUGUAAGUGUAACUCUGUGAUGCAGAAAAUGGAAAACUAUUACACUUGUCAUGCUGGAUCUGCGUCAUUGGCUAUUUUCACACGUGUUUUCACAUACUAGCUGCGCAUGACAGGUUUGCCCUGCAAUGCAAAGCGAAUUUGUGAUGCUGUUCUUCCUACAAAGUUACACUUACACUGUUUUUUUCCUGGAUAGCGGGCCGCUCGACUGUAAUGCCAUGUCUUGUUCAACAAAGGAGCGCAGCACUUGCACAGCUGGGUACUAGGAACAAUGACACUCGUUUAUGCAGCACCAGCUCCACCGCUGAUCCCAGAGUGAUCGGCGCGCCGUCUAGUUCUACCAGAACUUCUACCGAAGAAGCAGUAGAACAAGAAGAAAACCAAGAACGUUGUCGAUCAGCAACACAGACACCACCUCUCGCCUCCGCUGCAGCUACGGGUCGUGUUUGCGAAGUAGAUGUUGAAUGCUGUAUAGUGCAACCUGUAGCCGGCUGCAGUACUACGGCAAGCACCGCCUAUUCCGGGCAACAUCAUUUGACGUUUUUGCAAGACGAACAGGUCGCAUCCCCGAUCCUGAAAGCCUGGAUGGCCGGUGCCGUGGCGCAGAGGGAGACGAGGCCACGUGGUUUCUUAUCUGGUCAAGGUUCAACAAAAACAAGCUUUGGUGGGUCUUCAUCUAGUACAACCCCGAAACCACCUGCUCGGCAGCCGCAAGAAAUGUUGCGGGAAGCUGCUGCACAGCAAGAACCGCCUGCAUCCACUUUCGAUGCCAUUCCGACCUUGACGUUUUCGAAAUUGACCAAUCGGUUGCAGUCGGAACGUAUCCAAUGCAAAUAUGUCUGGGUGGUGUGGAAACUUGUAAUGCUGGGCUGUGACAAGUGAGUGGUUUGCAAGUGAGUGGUUUGGAAUGCACGGCCAUGCAUGAGAAAUAUUUGCGCGGCCACGGGUCGCGUUUUACGCAGGACAAACUGCGCUUUUGCAUGACAAGCAAAUGGGUCUCUAUUUGGACACGCAUCACAAACUCCUCAGUCAUAGCAGACAAGCAUAACAAACCUUGCACUCUUCCAGACAUCCAGUGAUAUUUGCAAUCCAUAGGUGGCAGUACGUUACCAACCCGGUUUGGGGAGCAAAUCGAGAAAAACUGGCCACCAAAUGAGGUGAAGGUACUGGCUGAGGGUGGAACACCAGCUACGAAGCUUCUAACCUCCUCCAGCGGCAACAAUACAGUGUGGCUGCCACUACGGGUGGAGCUCGUGUACUCAUCUUCCACAAGUAGCACGCCGUUCUUGCGUAGUGAUACAGUGGCGAAAAACAAGCCAGAGACCGCCUCCACUCCUGCAAGAGCUCUCACCCCAGCGGCGCGCCGGCUGCAGAGUGCGGGAUUUUUGCAGACUACAGCGCAGUCUGCAGCUCCGGCUGGUGGUGGUGCGGCGUUAAAGAUAGCGCGGUCGCCGGGAUCUUUCGAUGUUGGAAGCGUCCCGCUGUCCGGACGGAGAGAAGGAGGAGAAGCGACCCAGGCCGCGGCAGGUCGUGCUACAACUAGUACUACCCAGUCCAAGUUUCUCUUUUUCGGGGUGGGGAUUCAGCGCGUGAGCAAAAGCGAAAGGGACGAGUGGAAGCUGCUUCUGGAACCCAUUGCCGCAGCCCCGGAGAGUCCUCGACGCACGGGCCCGCCUGUGGAUGAAAAUACAGAGAAGAGCAAUAAAUUCGCUGCACUUACCGAGGACGCUGCGGUCUGGUUCCACGAGAAGGAGGAGAUGCUUUUUGACGGUUCCUUCUUCAGUACUUCCUCCGAGAGGUUGGCGGAAUUCGCGGCGUUUUUGCUUGAGCAGAAACUCAGCCGAAAAGGAGAAGAUGUUGAACUCCACGCUACAACUACCUCUGCGGAGGACGUUGAGGAGGACACCAGCACGAGAACCUCCGCGCUGGAAGAUGAGACUGACGACGAAGAGGAGGGAGAAGAAGUUGAAGAGGCUGAAGGCACGACGAUGAAUAUUAAACACAGUAGUUCAUCAGCAGCCACUGCAUCAUCUGGUACUAUGGCACAGAGAUUCUUCCGCGCCUUUCUACCUUCUACUUGGCGUCGGAGGUCCGACGGCGCUGUAAAAACGGACGGCACCACUGGAACAGCAGCAGACGCGCUGACAGAAAAAUCAGAGGACGCGGAGACCGAAAGUGGGCAGGAGGAGGAGGCUCUUUCUGUGGACACGUCGUCGACGGCAAAGAGCAUCACGGCCCGAAUUUUGCAUAUGGUGGAAAGUGCCAUGCAGGAGAAAACGGGGGAUCAAGAUCAUGAGGAAGAACAGAAAGACAGCCACCAUUUAUUUUUUCCCUUGGAUAACUACACACCAACUACUUCAGGUGGGCUACUCAUGCAAGGUACAACUACCGAGCAGGAUCACCAUCGUGAAGAGGGUAGUUUCCUGCAACAACAGUUCGUGAAGGAUUCCAUCCUUCAUUUUGUGCGACACCGGAACGCGUUUCGCACGGCUGAAAGCUAUGCGGCGAAGAGGAGAGCGGACCUGGACAAGGCUAGGUUGAAGUUUGUCAAAAGCCUGCUUAAUAACAGCGGUGAGGACGCCGAGAGUGAUGCGGAGAGCAGUAAAAUGGAGGGAGAAGUACAGGGUGGAGGUGAUGAAGAAGCAGGAGUACUAUUUGAUGCAGAAUUAGAGCCCACGGAGGAGGAUCAUGCAGACCAGCACUCCGCGGACCUACUACUUCCUCCGUGCGCAAUGAUCCCUUCGUGCGAUGAUUCCUUCGAGGACGAAAAACCGGAAGUGGAACAGGUGGUGCGAAAAAUGUUCCUCGAUGCCUUCUCGGAUACACCCCACGAGGACGCAAGUGGUAGUGCUUUUGAAGAGCAACUUGUGAAGGUUUCACCAGAACCACAGACACGAUUGCUCCGUGAAUUUGUUAGCCGUGAGACAAAGCUCCGAAAGGCUCUCGAAGGCCUGCGGUUUCUCACUUCGGAAGUGGUGGAAAAAAGAGCCAAUAAGACAACUUCUGCGCCGCAGCUCUAUAGGUUGCAGCCGCGAGAGGCGGAGAACUGCCUGACGAGUUCAUCAUAUGUGCUAAAUCGCUCUUGCGCGAUAACUUCCACCACCGUGGAAGAUGUUGUUUCGGUCUGCGACAGUAGUACAGCUUCCCAGUCUCUCUCGAGCGCUGGGAGUAGUACAACAGGCAGCAGAAGUGGUCGAAUGUCGUACCAACUUCGUUCGCGGGGCAGUAGUAGAGUGGGAGGUGCAAGUACAGCCCUUUGCUUCUCCAUGGAUGUCGAACCAGAGUCCAACCGAGGAGAAGGAGAACACGGCGCGCAAGAUAUUCUGAGUAAAAACGUCCCCACACGAGAGUCAAGAUGGGAAAUCUGCUAGACAAAUCCACCAGCUUUGGUGGUUUCGCAUGACAAAUUUGGCCCCGUGGUGUAAUCCUGUUUAGCUAGCUCCAGCAGCAUCACAGAUCUAGCAUAUCGUGCUGAUUAGAGCAUCGCAAAUUCUACAACGCGACUAGAAAAUGCUUCGCAUGGGGCUCCGCGUGAGAAACUUUUUUGGCAUGCAGAUUUGCAUGACAAUUUUGGGGUGGGGACGUUUUUCCUCAUGAUACGAGAGACGGGAAAAAACACGCGAGGACUUCAGCCUGCACCCGCGGGGGCGUACAAAUCUUCUGGUUCGUCCAUGGACGACGUACAAAUGCUAUCCGCCCGACGACGUUGUCCCAGUAAAAAAACCGUUCUCGCGCCGUUGGUGCUGGCUGCAGCUGCGGCGGACCACUGUCUGCUCCACGGCGCGGUGGUGGAUCGAGUGUCUAGCGGCGUGCAGAGUGGUGUUCAGCAUUUAAUAUUGCAGCCGAUGACGAUGAUGUUCCCAACUACAUCCUGUCCGACAGGCUCCUGUUACUUAUCCGGAAGUGAGAAUACGCCUGCGACACCGUGGAUAGAGGGGGAAUUAUGCUCGGGCGGGACGACAAGCUGCUUAUCUACUUUCCCGGACGCAGGGAGCGAGCUUGUGCUGCCAGAGGGAAUAGAUAAGGAAAAGCCAAGUGGAAGAGGCGUUGGUGAGGGUCGUGGAGCAGCAGGCUCAACCACGAACGCGCCGGAGGCUGCACGAGAAGGAGACCAGAAGGUUGAUGAUGCAGUUGUAGAUAUGGACGUGGACGAAGGGGAAGGCCAUGCCCUGGAACCACGGCAGGAAGUAUCAGCCUAUGAUGAAGAUGUUGAUCCAGAUCCUUCGCAGGAAAUAACGGAAGAUCCGCAAGCUGCACGGCCGUUUUACCGCCAAGCGCCCAUCUGGACCUCUUGCACCGCUUGCGUCGGGGCCAUGACCGCUUUGCCGUUAUGCACUGCAAAAAUGUCUGGGUCUGGAAGGUUGGAACUUGUCAUGCUAAAUCUGAAUCAUGCAAAAAUCUGUGUUGCAUGAUUCCCAAAUGCUGUCCAAUUUUGAUCAAGUUCAGAGGCAGUUUCUCAUGCAGGGUAGGCAUGAUAGUGAUCUCACGGAACCUGUCAUGCUAGGUCCUCCAUUACAGAUCAUAUGGGUCAUGGAAAACCUGCAUGACUAGACUAGCAAAGUUCCAGACCCAGUCAUAUUUGCAUUUGAUAGCCCUGGAUCGCAAGCAAGGUGGUUUCCCAGGGCGGUGUGUGAAUGAUUAAGAUUUAGACUCUCGUCUACGCGGCCGCGGACAGCUUAUGUACGAUUUCGAUUUUUUACGGUGUUUGUCUAUAAUUGUGCUCUGUAAGAUCUGAUUUUUUUUUGUUCACAAAUGUGCAUGACUUUAGUUCUUGUGCUCCUUAUUUGUCAUCGUGUUUGUACGAUUUAUUACUCCGUAUAGAAUGAAGAUCAUGAAAUAAAGGUCCUUUCAGGCAGUAGAAUUUUACUGCCCGGCGGCUGAGUUUUUUUUUUUUUUGGCUACGCAUUUUUCCAAUUAUGUUUCCGAAUACGCAUGCUUCUAAUACAAGGCAUUAGUAGGAGCUCGUUUCUGAAAAAUAAUAAUUUCAUCAGCACGUUGUGUAGCUCACGUGCUUCGUUAUAGUGGGUCUCAUCUGUACAACCUCUUGCAUUCUAUCGUUCUAGCCAUUUUUUCCACCCUACCAAUAGAAUUUCUUGCAGUUUCACCUAGCUUCCAACGAUAUUUGGAUUUUGGUUUCAUCAGUCAAGGGACAAAUACUAGCGUAUCACAGAGAAUAUACAAUCAUGAGAGCAAACUUACUACCUAGAAACUGAUAUUACAACUAAAAACCGAUAGAAAAAACCAGUUGCGCUUGCUACCUGUUUGUCGUUUUCCUUUUACCUUUUCACAAAAAGAGCCGGUUUUUUCGCGCACGGCAGGAAUUGCAGGGUGCUAAAAGAUGACCG